GGGGGGAUGACGAAGACCGGCCACAAACAGAGUUGACAAACUGUAUGCAGGUUGGUUGGCGGUAUCCUGCAAACUGCUUUCACGCCGAACCCUUUGGGCAGCGCUCGCAGUCGAUUACAUCCUUCCGUAUCCUCGGAGAGGCACUGCUUCUCCUUGAUCCCGAAGUUGCCGCUGUCGUGAAGCCCGUCUGAUCUUCGAUCCAUUGCUCUGCACCGACUGGGUCGCUUUCAGUUUGUCCUUCAACAUCCAGCGAACAGAAAAGCGCCGAAUGAAGUCAUUCGUCGCUGUUUCGGAAGCCGUCGAGGGAGGGGGAUUGGGUCAAGGUUGACUUACCUCGGUUUCUCAUAGUAACAGUGCAUGUACUUACUCGAGAAUGUUUUGACUUCUUCUACUGAGGGUGGUCUACAUGCGAGGGAGCAAAGGAUUGAGCAGAUUGUCUGAGAUUGUCCGAGACCCAUCCCGCGAGGGACCAAGGUGCUUCUGCACUUGAUAUUGUCGGGGAGUCGUGACGUAGACAUCGAGAGAAGCUCGGGAUCAGCGGGGAUUCCACAUUCUCUGAGUCAAGUGAUUGCAUGAUUAUCCUGAGCGAACGUUGUAAUACAUGAAGCGCUGUACGUUAUUCUGAUAGCUCGGCAUGGUCGACGUGUGAAGCCAGUGACUUUGGUGGAAUUUACAAGCUGCUUGCUUGCAGCCGUGCUAUUAGGCAGUGUCGAGACAUCUCCCGUCAGCCACCAUGGGCAAAGUACUUGCUACGAGCGGGCCCGUUUUCAAGAAGAUUCUCAUGAGCUACACCUAUGUGGCAAUUUGGAUCUUUUUGAGCUUCACUGUUAUUGUGUUCAACAAGUACAUUCUUGACAGAAAAAUGUAUAACUGGCCGUUUCCUAUCAGUCUGACAAUGAUUCACAUGGGUUUCUGUUCAUCUCUUGCUUUCCUUCUUGUUCGAGUUUUCAAGUUUGUCGAACCUAUCGGAAUGACUCGAGAAAUUUACAUGUCAUCCGUUGUUCCAAUUGGUGCUCUGUACUCCCUCAGCCUCUGGCUUUCCAAUUCUGCCUACAUUUAUCUCUCAGUUUCGUUUAUUCAGAUGUUGAAGGCUCUCAUGCCAGUGGCGGUAUACUCAACUGGUGUCAUGUUUAAAAAGGAAACUUUCAAGUCGCAGACCAUGGCCAACAUGAUAGGCAUUUCUGUGGGGGUCGGAAUUGCUGCAUAUGGUGAAGCCAAGUUCAAUGGCUGGGGUGUUAUGCUACAGCUGGGAGCUGUGGCAUUUGAGGCCACCCGGCUUGUUCUCAUCCAGAUUCUUCUGACCUCCAAGGGAAUCUCUCUCAAUCCUAUAACUUCGCUCUACUACAUUGCCCCGUGUUGCUUCCUCUUCCUCUCUAUCCCCUGGUGUCUGGUCGAAUACCCGAAGUUGAUGGCAACUUCCAGUUUUCACUACGACUUUGUUGUCUUUGGAACCAAUUCAGCCUGCGCCUUUGCACUGAACUUGGCCGUGUUCCUUCUUGUCGGAAAGACCUCGGCUCUGACCAUGAACGUAGCUGGAGUUGUGAAAGAUUGGCUUCUAAUUGCCUUUUCGUGGUCCGUCAUUAUGGACCGAGUGACUAAACUUAACCUCGUCGGUUAUGGAGUGGCUUUCUUGGGAGUCUGCUAUUACAAUCAUGCCAAACUGCAAGGCUUGAAGUCUAAGGAGGUGCAGAAGAAGACAGGUGAAACGGACGAGGAGAUUGGGCUCAUGGAACAAAAGAUGGACAGGGAUGACGAGAAUUUGGCUUUGGGAAGGAAAACAGAUGCUCAAGCUUAGAUUACAACUGAUGGCGAGGGACGCUUUUAAGUUCCUUGUUCUCAAACCUUUAUCAGAUCCAUGCACAGGACGUUCUCUUUGACUCACCUCGCGUUCCUUCUCCACAGUCAAAUGCUCAAGUUGGGCCACUAAAUACAUUUGAGACACCUGAGUCCGGGCAGAAGGGUAGGAUGAAGGAGAAGCACAGCAUGAGUCAUUAUUCCACCAGUCAAGGCCAUUGGAAGGAAUUACUGACAGGAAUUGCUGCCGUCGAUCUGUUUCGGUAUAUUAUCACUUACAUCCAAGUGGAGCAAGCACGAUUAGAGGAGGCCCGGGAUCACUGUAGAAGAGUUCGGAAGGCUUGAACUGUACACAAUUCUUUGCCGAGAUGAGCAAGGUCAUGUAGCUUAUGCUUCUCUGAAUGAGCUGCUGAAUUUAAAUAUGUUACAUAUUUUUCCAUGCUGUGCAGCAAAUGAAAAGUUUCUCUGGGAAAAGCGCUUGCUGCUCACUUCACGUAAUACUUUCAAUUGCAGAACUGAAAGCAGUAUCGUAGUCUUUCUAUUAGGUAACAGUCUAUCAAGUUCCUUAAUGAGGUGUUGAGACCAGUGAGUCCAGGAACUGUCGAAGAAAUUGUUUUGGCAUGCGUCACCAAA